CAGGUGAGCAGUGAUUCAAACAGAAAACUUCCCCCAAAGAUCCUCACCAUCCAGCCGAGAAAGUCUGAAAAUCUGAAAAUCCAAAGAGUUUUCAUUCAGCAUUCUGAAACUGCAGCAACAACAGCUGCUAAAGCCAAAGAGUUAAAACUCAAAACACACAGAGACACAAAUCAACGGCAGAAAAACAUGACAAGGAAACGACAGCAAAAGUGUUAAACAACCGAAACUGGAGGAGGAACCAAUUCACCGAGGGGGAAAUUAACAAGACGGAGCGGCGACAACCUAACCCAGAGUUGUUUUUCCCGCUCGGAGGACCGAAGCCAAGCGAGCAGGAGGGAAGGAGUCCGAGGCUGGAAGCUGCCGUCAGAGAGGAACCCCCAAACGCAGACCUGGCUGCCCCCAUGCCUAUCGAAUUUGUUUGCAAAAUCAAAUUUGCAGAGGAGGAUGAGAAGCAGAAAAGCAAACAGGAUGGAGACAAGGAGAGCCUGAUCGAGGAGAGCUGCGCACCUCCGGCCAAGGACUUGGCGGGGUUUGCAAACUCCUGCUCCCUCCAUGGGAUUAACCACAUCUUCGUCUCUGGUCGCCUCGGCAUCCGGCAGACUCUCUGGGCUCUCGCCUUUUUGACUUCCCUCGCCUUGUUUCUGUACCACGCGGCCAAAUGUGCCAUCUCCUACCUGGAGCACCCUCAUGUGACGGCUCUGAACGAGGAAGCCACCCCUGAGAUGGUUUUUCCCGCCGUGACCAUCUGCAACAUCAACCGCUUUCGCUUCUCCGCGCUCACCGAUGCUGACAUCUACCACCUCGCCAACCUGACAGGUCUGCCUCCCAAGAACAGGGACGGACACAAGCCCACGGACCUGAUGUACCCCGCUCCUGACAUGCAGGACAUCUUUAACAGGACGGGGCAUCAGCUGGAGGAGAUGCUCAUGAGCUGCAAUUUCAGCGGACAGAACUGCUCGGCGGAGGACUUUUCUGUGGUUUACACCAGAUAUGGGAAAUGCUACACUUUUAAUGGCAACAAGACGGCAUCCAGGAAAACCAAGCAGGGCGGGAUGGGAAACGGGCUGGAAAUCAUGUUGGAUAUCCAGCAGGACGAGUAUCUGCCCAUCUGGAGAGAGACAAAUGAGACUUCCCUGGAGGCCGGCAUCCGCGUUCAGAUCCACAGUCAGGACGAGCCUCCCUACAUCCACCAGCUGGGCUUCGGCGUCUCUCCGGGCUUUCAGACCUUUGUUUCAUGUCAGGAGCAGAGGCUGACCUACCUGCCCCAGCCCUGGGGGAACUGCCGCUCCACCAGCAAAGAGAAGUUCCCCGGAUACGACACGUACAGCAUCAGCGCCUGCCGCCUGCUCUGUGAGACCAACGAGGUCCUGCGGGUGUGCAAGUGCAGAAUGGUUCACAUGCCAGGAACGGCAGAUAUUUGCCCCCCCAGUAAAAUCAGCUGUGUUGACAAAGCGCUCGCUCAGCUGCAGAAGAACAGCGGGGAUACCUGUCCAUGCGAGACGCCCUGUAAUCUCACCCGCUAUGGAAAAGAGCUCUCCAUGGUCAAAAUCCCCAGCAAAGGCUCGGCUCGCUAUCUCUCCAGGAAAUACGACAAGUCGGAGGACUAUAUCAGAGAUAACUUCCUGGUGUUAGACAUCUUCUUUGAAGCUCUCAACUACGAAACCAUCGAGCAGAAGAAGGCGUACGACGUUGCAGGUUUAUUAGGUGACAUCGGCGGACAGAUGGGCUUGUUCAUUGGCGCCAGCAUCCUGACAGUCUUAGAAAUACUGGAUUACGUCUUUGAGGUGAUCAGGCACCGACUGCAGCGUCUGCUGAGGCCGCAGAAGGAGGAGAAGAAGCAGCCGAAAAGCGCUGUCGCCACAGUGAGUCUAGAGGAAAUGAAAGCAAAGGAACCCAACGACACAUCAAGGAGUCACCAAGAGGGCGCCUACGCCAACACGAUCCUCCCCAACCAUCAUCACCUGCACCCCCACCACCAUCGCGCCGGGCACCACGGGGUAUUUGAGGACUUCGCUUGCUAAAACAAAGCAUUGUUUUCUGUCCUGGUGACAGCAAAAGAUAAGACCUGUCUGUGGCGAGAUCCGUAUCAGAGCCCCCUGCAUUCCCGGCAUUCCUUUGCUGUCACCAGUGAAAAGCUACGGCCAAAGUCAAACACCAAACUUGCGCUGCUAUCAAGCCACUUGAACUGUACGUAGGCACAAAUUGGACUUUUCUUUUCUCAUUUCCGUCUGGACGGAACGCACCUCAACUUUUGCAUUUUUUCAUUUCGGGCACUUAGAGACUACAAGGCCAGUUUUUUUUUUCCCCACCUUUGUCUUUUUUUAAAAGAGGAGGACUGCAUGUAACAUUGAUCCGGCUUGUUCUGCAAACAAGGAAGGAUGGGAUUUCUUUAUCCGUUUGGCAUCUGAGUUUUUAUUUUUUUACAUGUAUAUAUCUACAGUUUUAGGCCCCACAACAAACCAUUACCCUUGAUAAAUUCCGUACUUAUUUAAAGACAAUAAUAUCUGUAUGUUCUAUAUUGUACACAACAUGAUGGUACUUCAGUAAGCAAACCCUUUUGCUGUUUUCUUGUAACACCAGAAGUUUGAAGGGGAAUAGUGGGAAGAAUGACCUUGGCUCUCGAGGUCGACCGUCCACAUGAUACAGUUUGUCUGGUUUGUGGUUAAAGUGUUAGCGAGUAGCAGUGUACCUGUACAUAAACUUCAGAACUGGAGAAUAUUUUCUGUUUGAUUGAUGUUUAAAAUUAGUUUGACUUAUGUACACUCAGUUAUUUAUACAGUUUUUAUAUGAAAAUAUCAACACGAUUGUAGCAACUGCUGUUAACUGACUUUUCUGAAACGACAGACUGCCAAGUUUUAGCACAUUCCUCCAGCGCAGACGUGACUAUGACCUUUUUUGUCUCCUUAAACGGCUUUUGUUUCCCUUGUGUUUCUAGUCUGAGUCUGAGCUUAAUAUGUUCCUCCUCUGCUCAUUUCUGCCGACCAUCCGCCCUAUUUUCGCUUAGAGCUGACAUAAGCAAUAAGUCCCAAAAUGAGGUUUCCUUUUCCAAUCGGUCUCCCCGUCUCAGACGUGGGCCAGAACCACCGCAACGGCACGGCAGCUCCUCACAGUGUUAGCCCAGCAUCUGACGCUUUUGCACACGCCGCUGAGCAUGUUAGAGUGACGCAUUUCAGCUGAACUUUUCCAUGAAGGAAUCCAGUCAGGAGGAAGAUGACUUUUCCUAUUUCCAUCUGAGGAGGAACAAAAACUAAUGUAGACGUUGCAUCAGAGGCUGUAGGAAAUGAGUAACGGUUAGAUUAUAGAUGCUAAGUCUGAAAAGCACAAAGUAAAAGAAUGAAAUCUAUAUAUUUAAGAGGAUUUAUUUUAUUUUGUAACGGUUGGCUGUCACUCCUUGGUUGGGUUCACACGUUUGUUGUGUUUCAUGGAAGUGAAGCUCGUCUAUGUUUUAGCUCAGAUUCCCCCAGGACUUUGUGUAGAAUUUGUGAAGUACUGAAUGCAUGAAAGUACAAAAGAUGUACUGAUGUAAAGAUGUUGCUAGCUGAGUUUGUUUCCUCACAAUUGAAAAUCUCAAGCUCACUGCAAACUCAGAAACGGGAAAAAAUUGCAACUAGCGAAUGAUUCAGUUAACGAUGUGUUGACCAGGCUCAAAAGCAUUUCCUCUACGAACGGUCAAGGCAAGGCCAGUUUACAGCACGUCAUGUACAAAGGCGGUCCAAAGUGUUUCACAUGAAACGUUAGAGGAAUAAUUCAGCAGAAAUAUUUAGAGACUAUUUAAUAAAAGAAAAACGUAAAGAAAGUUCAAAGGAUUUUAAAGUAACAGUGUGGAUGUUUUCUUUUGACAAAAACAUCAAAAGCAGCUGAGAAACUUUAAAUGAACUGAGUGUUUCGGUUAAUCUUAUGCUACGUUCACACCCCCCAUGUGACACGCAUUCUUCAACGCACGUUUAGCCCAUGAUGUUCACACUGGACAAGCAGGAAGGGGCUUCUUCUGCCUUUACUUUUUUUACUGUUUUCUAAUGCACAUCCAAAUUUGGUGCAAAUUGUGGAAGCGGUGCAAAUCCGGUGGAUCUUCCUCUAGACUUUUUUUUUCGCAGCUUUAUUCCGAUACAUUAAAGACUUGGUGUCAUAGAAUUCCAGCCGGACACAAACCACAAUUAUUCAUUUCUCCUCCGUGAUUCAUUUUCAAACGGUUGGCACUUCCAUAAGUCACUUUGAAGUUUGACCUCGUUUAACUGUCGAUAGACGUUCAAUGGUUGCACAUUUUGUACAUGGAGCCCAAACAGUUGUAGAAACUUGCCUAGCUAUGUGGGAACGUGAGAGUUUUGAACGUGGAUGCCCGAAGCGUACCUGUAGGCUACCUGCACAAAUACAACUACCACAGAGCGAUGGGUAGGCAUCGAAAGAGUCUUCAAGAUUUAAUGCCGCCACUGUUUUUUUUCAUGGUCAUGAAUGUAGACGGCAGCAGUCAGGUGGGAUGACACCAUUGUGAAAUAAGGGGACAGCAGGGCGGCUACAGGACGGGGAGAGCCGGAUCUUUGGACGGCAGCAGCUCUGAUUGGGCGAUACGUUAAUGUCUCUUGACAGCAGCAGUCCAUAUCAAGUUUCACCGGUAGCCCGGUAGCCCGGGGGGAUAUCAAAGGCAGGCCAUUCUGCCCGUUACUGGACCUCAAAAUGUGUCCAGCUGGCCUCUGACUGAUGUCAGCUUUUAGAGAAAAAUCCUCAAAUCGCCGUAUACAAAUGCAGCAGCGUGGCCACCUGCCAAAUUAGCUGAAAACUUGCAGUGGCUUUUGGGAAAUGUGGGUAAGGAGGUGAGGUCAAUGAUUUCAGAGUUUUCUCAAAUUCCUCCCAAACUUGCUUCAUUUCAGUCUCAGAUUUCUUUGAGUCAGAAACGUGAGUCAGGAUCGACUUAGCUAAACGUUUCUCUGACCGACUGCAGACAAGGAGCAGAAUCCGACAUUCAAGCAGCAGAUGCAGUUAAUGUUGGACAUUUAUGUGAGUAACAAGCACAUUAUAACCUCUCUGAGUUGCUUCAGCGUUUUUUCCAAUUCUUUUUGUUGCUAGCUGGUCUAUCUUCUUGCAGUUCUGUCUCUGUCUUGACACACAACAUAAAAUGUGAAAUUUAAGGUCAUUUAAGCAUCAGCUGAAGAUAAAACAGCUUUUUCUUCUUUUUUAUGUGUACUAAUCACUGUUUGGCUACAAAAUGUUCUUUUUUAUUGGAAUUUCUCAACAAAACCUGAACAUGUUUCUCAAACAAAAGCUUUCUGCUUUUCCACAAGUAUAACUGUCCAUCAGGACUUUCCUUAAACUGAGAUGUGACACAACAAACUGUCAACCGUCAGAGAAGUGGUGGAAAGAUUAGAAGAUCCAGUUAAGGAACUUUUUUUAAAAUCUUUUAUGGGGGUCAAGAUUUCUUGUUCGGAUCCAGAAAGAUAUUCCCAGGAGGGUUCAUCUUGAUCUACUUCCGGUCACAAAAAAAACAGACACAACCUCAGUUUAUGGUUCCAAACUCUUAUUUCACAUUACUCUUUUAACCUAUUCCAUACGAAUAAUUUUGGAGUUUUUUGUUGUAGCUGGAGCUGAUUGAACACUUUUCUAAUAAGCGUCUGCAGUUCAGCUCAGAGCAGUUUAGGACACUGCAACUGAAAUUAGAAGAGAUCUUCUGAUAAAUUUAUUUUUUGUCUCGUUUUUCUCAAAGUCUCAGACUCGUAUCUAAAUUAUGUCGCAAAGGACAAUCAGCUGUGAAUUCGUCAAACCACAGGCGGUUGCGUUUAGCGGUGAAUGCAGUCACGAGGAAAUCCCGGUUUUCUUGGCUUGUGUUCUUCGGAUAAUUGCUUCUGCUUUCAGGUUUUCCGUUUGUUCCACUCACACCAGUUUAAAGUUUCAAUCUCCUACAGCUGUUUGUGUUUCAGUUCAUUCUUCUUCCGUCUUCGUUUUCAGUCGAUGAUGGUCGCCGUUUUCCUACCCCCACCACCCCACCCUGACGCAAAAGCAGCCAGUGGUUCAUGUUGACUCGCUUUCCAUUCGUUUUCUGCCUCACUUUAAACUUUACUUUUGUGCUUUAUUUGCAAUAAAUGUAAUUUUUUUCUUGUUGUGGGAGGGGUCCAGUGAGUUAAGAGAACAUUUCCUCUGAAUCUUUCCCUCCUACCCCCCGUGUUGGAACCAGUGCUAAUUGCAUGAUGUGCAGUUCCUGCAGGAGAACCUCAUGUUCAUUAGAGACUGAAGAGGCGUAAAUUAAAUAGAAGCAUGAAAACAUUUUGACGAAAGAGCCAAAUGUAGACAUUUUCAAAAAGGACGUACAGUUGUAAUCUGGUGUUUUACAAAAGCUGAAUCAGUUUAUAAACCUUCAAACAGGUGUGGGGGGGCAGUCAGAGAGAUAAUAUGACAUGAAAAGUCUGCAAACUGUCAUUUAAUUUUUUACAUUUUUCAGUUUUUUCUCCUUUAGAAAACUAAUAUUUAAACUUUUAGCUUCCUCUAAGCAGAACACAACAGCUUCAGGAGAAAGAGGUGAUGGAACAUCUGAAAAUCAACCCAAAUAGUGACAUUUGAGGCCAGGAGUCUGGGACUACACCACUAGAGACACAAUAUUUUAUCUAAAUGUGGAAAAAAUAUACAAAAGUUUUUUAUUUUUUAGAGAAUUGUAAUCAGAGUUCAUUUAUGUUGACUGAGCGUCCUUUAAGAUCUGUGAUUUCACCUCACAGAUCUCAACUGUUUCAGCUGCAGAUUUAGGAAAUUAUUGGAGAAUAAUGUUUGUUGCCUAAGAUGAACAGAACAUGCUGUUUAUGUUGACACUGUUGAUGCUCUAAAGCUCUGAACUAGAGAGGCGUGGCCCGCCACUGCCAAUGUUUGGGGAAGUUCAUGAGGUAAAGAAACACUAAUUGGUUUCUUUCUACUUUUCUUUUUACAAAAAAAUAUCAGUCUUUCAAUCUAUUUCAACACUUUUAUCUUAAACACUGAAAGAACUGAGAAUUGCAGAAAAGAGCGGGAAACAUUUCUCAAAAAAUCCAGCAUCAAACCUGAAAUAUGAUGCGACGGUCCGGUCCAUUCUGUUUGGGAGCUGCAAACAUUCAUCUGCAGACUGGUUCUGUGUCCUCCACAGAGCCUUUCAGGUGCUUUUAUGUGCGACGGCUCUGCAGCACGUCUGUUAGCCAGCCCCCCGGUUCUUUGCUCACCUGCUGCAGGUAAGACUCCACCUCAAAGGUCCUCGCCGUUUUCCAACUAUCCCUUUAAGGUCAGGAAGAGACCUGCCUGGAGAACCAUGGGAAGCAUAUUCAUGUCACAAAGCAUCAUGGACGGUUCCUAAAAAAGGUCGAGUUCUCUAGAGCGACAUUCAGCAGCAGGAACGCGGCGGCGCUGAAGGUUCGAGCCUCAUGCAGGCUGCCGUGUUCAGCGGAAAAUCUUGAUUUUUUUUUGUAAAAUCUUCUCUCUGUAGACAUUCAGCCCCUUUGAGAUCCAGCCGAGACCCUCUGACUUGACCUGAAGGAAUCUGCUGAAUGUAGAAACUGGCCGAUUGUAAAGUUCAUGUCUUUCAGUGCCUCUGUUGCUACUCUUUCAUGCUGGCAUCCAGUUAUUGUUUCUGUAUAGAACUGAAUUGCUUUGUAAAGAGACAUUAAAUCUUUGUGUUUGUUAAAAAUAUGUUCCAACUGAAGACAGUCUAUGUUUUGUUUGCACUGAUGAGGAUUUCCUGCAAAUGGGAAUUAUGAAAGGUCAUAAAACGAUAGAAAAAAAACA